GUUUUUGAGUGCCUUGCGGUAAACCACAGCUUAGUUCAGCUCAUAAAAACUUUCAAGACAGUAUAAAUAUUGUGGUUUUUUCCUAUUUUCUUAUCGUGAACUUUAUAUACUGGGCAGAAAAUGUAUGGCCUCAGCUGGACGUUAGGCAUUGCAACAGUGAUAAUAGUAGUGUGUGCUUCGGCUACACAUGUGACCGCUAUAAGAUGCUAUGUAUGUGAAAGCAGCAAAGCGCCGGCAUGCAGCGAUCCCAGCCAGCUGAGUACGGCACUAGUCGACAACUGUCAGUUUGCUGCCGGGGAAAACGUCUGUUUCAAACGCCGUGGUCCAGGAAGUCUUACACAGCGCAACUGCAUGCUACGUCCACCUGCUCCUGUGGAUGGCUGCCAAAUUGACAAAGACACAGGCGUCGAGACCUGCAUUUGCUCAGGACGCGAUUUGUGUAACAAAUCUCCGGCAUUGAAAAGCCUCGUGAUCGUUAUGGCGAUUUGCAUUUUAGGAAUUGUGGCUAUAUCAUUAUAAAAAUUAUCUAAAAAUUUAAGCAACGUAAGGUAAUACUCUGUUGUACUCUGUGAUUUGUUCGGUCCAGUGCGUGUUAUUCUGUUGAUUAAUGAGGUGGGUAAGGGACAGUGAGAAUGUAUAUAUGGACAUCCGGAAACCGAGUGAAUGUAGGUAUCUGUACACUUGUAUUUAAUACUUACGAAAUCUUCACUGUAUUACCUACAGAAAGGUAUUUUUAAUGGGAUGACUAUUGACUAUUGUGUGUUGUUUCACUGCUGAGUUACAUCAGAUGCAUCGUUUUUGUGUCGCAGCAUGUGUAGCUCUAUUUCAGCGUAUACCUAAU